AUGCAAAGCGCAAUUGGCCCUCCGUGUGUGGUUGGUGCCAGAAGCCGGAGCACUACAAGAAGGACUGCUUCCAGUUCAAGGCCUACAUGCAAGGGCCAUCAGAAAGGUGCCCGGCAGGUUCAGGCCAACUCUUCUACAGCUUCCAAAGCUGGCACGACUGCCCCGUUUUCUGCGAGUGCCCUUCAAGUCCAGCAAGGUAAGGCAGGACAGUCCACCGUUCGCCGUGUUGCAGCUGAGCCACUGCUUUUCGAUAUGUCUGACCUGGAGGAUCCGUUUCCUCAUGAGCCCAAUUAUGUCUGUAUGAUUGCUGUGACUGCGCCACAGAGCUUUGCAAUGGAUGCCCAGGAUGAUGACGAUCAGUGGACUCUGCCUCUUGAUGAUUAUGCUGUGCUUGACUUGGUGCCGAGUGCUUCGAAGGUGGUUGUUGCUGACCGGGUGAAAGUCACUGGUGCUGAGAAUGGUUUGCGCAAAGCACUGGAGGAGACCUGGGAGGCUCGGCACAUCUUGUAUGCACAUUCUCAACAUGAGCCAAUCGAUGAGCAGUCACUCAAGUCAGUGCCUCAACAGUCCACUUGCUCGGCGUUGGGCUUAUGUGUUUGCAUGGGUCGUGGUUUGGAGGCAGAUUGUUUUGCACAGAAGCUGCGGGCCUUCAUUAGGCCACUUGCUUGGGUGAAACGACGGAAGCGGGACAAGGUCACAAAACAGUUCACAGAGGCACCGCAUCCAAAGCCACACUUGAGGCAACUCCUGGACAGAGCAGAGCUCGAAGCAACACUGGUUUGCCACUUCGUGUCAUCAGAAAUGACUACGUGA